GCUUUCAGAUCCACCCCAUUUCAAUUGUUAUCUCAGAAGGCGUCUUCAUAAACGCCUUCACUUUCUUAGCUUUAACGUUUUAGAUCUGCGUUUUCUCGGUGUUUUGUUUUCGAAAUUUCAGUAAUCGAAAUCGAAAAUGAGAGAGUGCAUUUCAAUCCACAUCGGUCAGGCUGGUAUCCAGGUCGGGAAUGCCUGCUGGGAGCUUUACUGCCUCGAGCAUGGUAUCCAGCCUGAUGGCCAGAUGCCAAGUGACAAGACCGUUGGAGGAGGUGAUGAUGCUUUUAACACCUUUUUCAGUGAAACUGGUGCCGGGAAGCACGUCCCUCGUGCUGUCUUUGUGGAUCUUGAGCCCACUGUCAUUGAUGAAGUGAGGACUGGUACUUACCGCCAGCUCUUCCACCCGGAGCAGCUCAUCAGCGGCAAGGAAGAUGCUGCAAACAACUUCGCCCGUGGGCACUACACCAUUGGUAAGGAGAUUGUUGACCUGUGCUUGGACCGUAUCAGGAAGCUUGCUGAUAACUGCACUGGUCUCCAAGGGUUCCUUGUUUUCAAUGCUGUUGGUGGAGGCACUGGAUCUGGUCUUGGUUCCCUGCUUUUGGAGCGUUUGUCUGUUGACUAUGGCAAGAAAUCCAAGUUGGGUUUCACUGUCUACCCAUCUCCCCAGGUCUCCACAUCAGUUGUUGAGCCCUACAACAGUGUCCUCUCAACUCACUCCCUCUUGGAACACACUGAUGUGGCCGUUCUCCUUGACAAUGAGGCUAUCUAUGACAUCUGCAGGCGUUCUCUUGACAUUGAGCGACCCACCUACACCAACCUCAACCGCCUUGUCUCUCAGGUGAUUUCCUCCUUGACUGCCUCACUUAGGUUUGAUGGUGCCUUGAAUGUCGAUGUGACUGAAUUCCAGACCAACUUGGUCCCCUACCCAAGAAUCCACUUUAUGCUUUCCUCUUAUGCUCCAGUCAUCUCUGCCGAGAAAGCUUAUCAUGAGCAGCUCUCAGUCGCUGAAAUCACCAACAGUGCCUUUGAGCCCUCAUCUAUGAUGGCUAAGUGUGAUCCUCGCCAUGGAAAGUAUAUGGCUUGCUGUUUGAUGUACCGUGGUGAUGUUGUGCCUAAGGAUGUUAAUGCUGCGGUUGCUACCAUCAAGACCAAGCGCACCAUUCAGUUUGUUGACUGGUGCCCGACUGGAUUCAAGUGUGGUAUUAACUACCAGCCACCCACUGUUGUUCCUGGAGGCGAUCUUGCUAAGGUCCAGAGGGCUGUUUGCAUGAUUUCCAACUCUACCAGUGUUGCUGAGGUGUUCUCUCGCAUUGACCACAAGUUUGAUCUUAUGUAUGCCAAGCGUGCCUUUGUUCACUGGUAUGUGGGUGAGGGUAUGGAAGAAGGAGAAUUCUCUGAGGCUCGUGAGGAUCUUGCUGCACUGGAGAAGGAUUAUGAAGAAGUUGGUGCUGAGUCAGCUGAGGGUGAUGAGGAUUGUGAAGAUGAGUACUAAGUAUGUGUGAGAGAGGGCUUGCAUUUUGUGAGCCAGUGAUUUGUUGUCUUUUAUGACGUGUUUCUUAUGUAUUUUGUGAGAGCUUUGAUUCUGUCUUUGUUUCGAAGCCUACUUGUUAUGUUAAAUGCUACUCGUUUUAGUUUUCUAUGCUAUUGUCUUAAUAUGUUUGUGUU